CCGGGGAGCGCGCGGGGCGGCAGAAGGAGAGGCAGGAGUGGGAGCGAGGAUACAUUUGAAUCACCUGGUUCCGGGCUGUGGGGACGCUGGGCGGGGAUUCAGACAGGGCGAGUGUGGGACGGUGUCUGUGGGCGGGACCUCUCCCAGGUCUGAGGGAAGGGGUAUCUGCUUGACAGUGGAUCCCCCGGGAUCCAGACUGAGCUCUGCGAUGCUCAAGCUCGGGCCGCCCCCAUUUGAGUAGAGCUUUGCCCAGCCGAAGCUCACAGUGGGAGGAGAAACCUCUCGCGGCGUCUGAUUGGAGGAGCUACGCUGUAGGAUCCUUUUUGCAGUGAUCCAGUCUAGGGCGUGGGGGGGCGUCGCUGCGAGGAGGAGUAUUGCUUUGGAGUCCUCGGCCACUUGUUGGGAGGGGAGGAGGAUUUCAGAGGGAUUCAGCGGAGACGGAGCUUCCCAGAACUGGGAUCCCAGCGGAUCCCGGGGGAAUCUCAGUGCAGAAUCUGCAGGGACAAAGGCCUCGGGAGGCUCGGGCCGUGGGAGAACUUGGGCCUCGGCAAUCCAGAUUCUCGUGGCAGGUGCCAGGCAGGGCGCGAGUGAUUUGAUCCAGGCCGCGGCAGCGAGAGGACACCCUCUCCGGCAGCCAAGUCGGGGGCGCCGUUGCCUUGCCUCAGGGCUCGGGCCUGUAGGCUACCCCAGCUGCCGGCGGACCAUGAAGGGCGGAGCCCUUGGGGAGGAGCUGGCCCUCACUCUGCGCUCCCCUGCUCCCCCCUCAUCCCAGGCUGCAGCCUGGGAUCCCCCAGGGACCCCCUGAAGCCGCAGUUUCCCCCAUGGACUUGCCUGGGGACUCCAGCCCUUCUGGCCGGUCGAGUCUGUGCCGUCAGCCCUUAGCUCGAGCGUUAUGGGACGCCAGGAGUCCAAAGCGACGGAGGCUGCAGCCCCAGGGGGCCCCUUCACCCCUGGAAAAGGCCUCUCGGCGGGUCCUGGCCGUGGUACUGGAAGAUGUCAUGGCUCCCAACAUGGCCUCCCUAUCCCUAUCCCCACAAAAGGAGAUCUCCGCGCCAUGGGGCCACAGCAACUACCACAAUUCUGUCUGUAACCAGUCACCCGCCUCACCACCCAUUCAGGCCAAGUGGGCUUCUCAGGCCAGAGAGCCCUUAAGUCGAAUCCACCGGUCCUCUGCUACUCUGAGGAGGCGAUCAAGGGCAACCCCUGGCUCCGAGGGCAGUCCUCCACAGAAGGUCAACCGGGGCCCCCAACCCACCCUGGUGGUGCUGCUGGAAGAUAUUGCUGCUCCCAGGCCCAGGGCAGAGGGCUUCCUGGAUGAGAGACCCAACUUCAUCAUGCCAGCACAAAGAGCUGAGCCUGUGGUAAUGGUUCACCAGUCAAUGCCUGCACCCAGGGACCUAAUUCCUCCAUUCCAGCCAUCCACCCUGCCUGUAGAUCAUCUGGACAGCCUGCCACCAGCUAAAAACUCAGCCUCAAAUCCUGCUCUGGAUCCCCCAUCGACCCCGCCACCGUCCAGCCUUUUACGCCCCCACCUCAGUCCCUGGGGCUUGGCUCCCCUCUUCCGCUCUGUCCGAUCCAAGCUGGAAAGUUUCGCUGACAUCUUCCUCACACCCAACAAAACCCCAGAGCCCCCACCCCCCUCCCCGCCCAUGAAGCUGGAGCUGAAGAUUGCCAUCUCAGAGGCAGAGCAGUGCAGGGCUAUUGAGGGCACUGCAUCCAUCAGCCCCCGGCCCCCCAUCCACCAGUGGCGGGCUCAGGACCACAGUGUCCCCGCACCUCUCCCUAGACUCACUCUGGGCCGAAGCCACUCCUGCCCUGACCUGGGGCCCCCUGGGCCAGGUACCUGCACCUGGCCCCCUUGUCUACCCCAACCAAGCCGGCCUCGGCCACGGCGGCACACUGUGGGUGGUGGGGAGAUGGCCCGAGCCCCACCACCCCCUCUGCCCUGUCUUCGGAAAGAAGUCUUCCCUCUCGGGGGAGUAGGAGCCUCCCCUUCUCGAGCCACAUCUUGCUCGUCCACUGCAUCCACUUCCUCCUUCUCCGAACCAGCAGAACUCAGGUCGGGCUCAACCAAGGGGAAGGAGCCAAGAGCCUCAAAGGACCAGGUGCUUUCAGACCCUGAGACCAAGACUAUGGGAAAGGUUUCUCGAUUCAGAAUACGCAGGACACCCACUCGUCCUCAACUAAAUCUUACACCAAUGGGGCUGCCUCGGCCAGUCAGAUUGAACAAGAAAGAGUUCAGCUUGGAAGAAAUUUAUACUAACAAGAAUUAUCAGUCACCCACAAGCAGGAGGACCUUUGAGACCAUCUUUGAGGAACCACGGGAGCGCAAUGGAACUCUGAUUUUCACCAGCUCCAGGAAGCUCCGCCGGGCUGUAGAAUUCCGGGACAGCAGCCUUCCUCGAGCCCGCCGGCCACCCCGUGGGGUUAGGGCUACAGCUGGCAGGACUGUUACUCCCACCUUAGCUCCCAGCCGGGAUGUGGGACCUCUGCUACAGAAGCGGCUGGAGGAACUAGAUGCCUUGCUACUGGAGGAGGAAAAAGUGGAUGGGGAGAGGCCCCAUCAGUCCUAGGAGCUCCAUCGUCUACUGCAGAGGGAAGGCAGUGUUUGUCCAUCUCCCAACAGAGAGGGGAAACCUCUGAGGCACUUAUAUAUUUUUUUCUCUAUAUUUCUAGU